CUGCAGGCCGGCAGGCAGGGUCAGGCUGCCUAAUCCAGUCCGGGUUUUACCAUGUGCCGCCCAGCCAGUCACCCAGCCCCAAGUCCGUGCCCUGAAAACUGCGGGAAUAGCCUGUCACCGCAAAACACUGUUGCGGUGUGCAAGGGACCUUGCCGAAGCGCCGGGCACCCAUCCUCCACUUCCCUCACAGUUGAGGACGCCCAAGGAAACAGGAGAGGGGUUAUUUGUACGGAGUUUCGGUUUGGGAGCGUCCUACUCCGCGACAAGAAACGGGCCGCAGGGGUUAAAAAAAGCUUCCGGUGGAUAAACCGGAAGUGCCUGAGCGGGGCGCGCUGGCUAGGGCGGAACUUGAAGGGCGGAGCCUGUGGCUGGGGCAGUGCGGGCCCCGGCGGGUCUGCUCCCUAAGCUCUCUGGGUAAGGCCGAAGACGGCCUCUCUGACUGUCAGUGCCGUGUGAGGCCCGGCUGAGGCUGUGUCCUCUGACUUGUCUUUGGAAUCCACACGUGGUCCCCACUGUUGUGGCUGGUUUGGUGCCCUGUUGAGGUGCACAGGCACUAGAGUAAUGGCAGGGAGUCUCCCUUGGGUGGCAAGUAGGAGCCUCUGGGGCUGGAUGCCCUUGGCCUGCAGAAACCUCUCUCAGGGUGUUCCGCUAUUGGCCGGUGCAAGGCUUACGCCUCCAUCCCCCAGAGUGGUCGAUCGCUGGAACGAGAAGAGGGCCCUGUUUGGUGUAUAUGACAACAUCGGAAUCCUGGGGAACUUCGAAAAGCACCCCAAAGAACUGAUCAAGGGCCCGGUGUGGCUUCGAGGCUGGAGGGGAAAUGAAUUGCAGCGCUGCAUCCGAAAGAAGAAAAUGGUGGGAAGCAGAAUGUUCGUUGAUGACCUGCACAACCUUAACAAACGGAUCAGCUACCUCUACAAACACUUUAACCGGCACGGGAAGUACCGCUAGAACAGAACCGGGGGCUCCGGAAGAGGCACACCUGUCACUCUGGAGGAGCAGAACAGGACUCGCCCUGGGAGGAAAGAGAUCUGUGUGCUCUCUGUAAUAAAAUGGGCCCUCUUUGGAAUGCAAUAUGCACAUUGUCUGUUCCUCACAGUGCUUCUUCUACUCAUUCAUGCAGAUUGAGUCUGUCUCAUCUUAAGUCCUAGGGUCUUCUGUUAAGACCUUACUUAUUACAGCCCAGUCAUACUUUUGGUCUUUAGAAGUACAACAAUUAGAAUCAUUGCAUGUUGACACUUUCUGA